AUGAGCUUCGUUGCGGGCACAAAGCUCUUUGUUGGAGGUCUCGAUUAUCGAGUGGACGACCAGACUCUAAGGGAACAUUUUUCUCGCUAUGGGGAGGUUGAGUAUGUUAAAAUUAUCACGGACCGUGAUAGUGGUGUUUCUCGUGGAUUUGGCUUUGUGACUUUCAUAUCUAACGAGGCAGCUUCCAGUGCCAUUCAGGGACUUGACGGCCAGGAACUGAAUGGGAGGAGGCUCAGGGUGAACUAUGCUACUGAAAAACCUCGUGGAGGAGGCUAUAAUUAUGGCGGUGGUGGUGGCUGGCAGGGUGGCAAUGGCAAUUACUCCGCUGGAGGAUAUCCAGCCGGCAAUUACUCCGGGGGUGGAGAUGGAAACUAUGGUGGCAAUGUUGGGUGGGGCAGUGGUGGUGGAGGCGGCGGCUAUGGUGGCGGCAACGAGUUUUCCGGCGGCAGUUCCGGUAGUGGAAAUUAUGCUGGUGGGGCAGGGGCCGGCUAUGGCGGUGGAAACGAAUUUUCCGGCGGAGGUUCUGGUGGUGGAAGUUACUCCGGUGGGGCAGGGGCCGGCUAUGGCGGCGGCAAUUCUCUGCGAGGCGGUGAAGGAAAUGGUGGCUAUUCUGAUAGUUCGCCGAACUUAAGCUCCAUUCUGAAUGACGGGCCGGGUGGGGCCCAUGCUGGAGACCAGGAACUGGUGGGUGGUGAUGGAGGCGAAUUCGGGGAUGGAAAAGAUGAUUUUGGAGAUUUUGGUGAAGGUGAGAACAGCAGGGAUGAGGAUGAUUAUGCAAACAACACCAGGAGUUGA